AUUAAGUAACCAACCGGAGAGAUGUAAUACGGACAUUGAAUGACACCGUGCGUAGUUGGGAAGUAAAGGAAGGAAGCCGAGGGAUGGAGCCGGUCAGUCUCACUCCGUCCGCUCAACCUCGCGCCGUUCUUUAUUCCAUCGCACUAAUUGAGCGCGAGAUUCUACCGAGUCUCUUGGCGGGACAUUUUAUAGUUUGGUACAUAAAAAGCGAGAGGAAAUCACGCACUUGUGAUACUCGGACAGGGUUGUUAACACGUGGGUGAUAUUUCACGUGCCGAAAAAUACAUCGUGGAUUCGAUUUGAGCGCAACUAUACGCGUGGUUAACGAAAUAGUUGCAACUAUAACGCAAUAAACACCACGUGGGUUCGUUUUGAGGACAACUGUACGCGUGGUUAACGAAAUAGUUGCAACUAUAACGGAAAAAACGACACGUGUGUUAAUUUGAAGACUAGUUUAUCCGUGGUUAACGAAAUAGUUGCAACUAUCACACAGCUGUUGAGUGAAUAAACAUAUAAUAGUGGUACGGAAAUGGAUCGGAUACGUUGCAGAGUUUAAAUUAUCGUCCAGUAAUUCAUCUACUGUAUUCUACCUGUGAAAUUGCUCAACAUUAUUGAGUAGACUCGAUGAUCGAGUGCUGGGUGUUAAAUCCAGACUGCAUCUGGUCACCGGAAUAAAUAUCAUCAAGGGAUAAAUAUCGGCGAGGAAGAAACGGUCCCAGAGCGUCAAAAGAUGAGGUACUGCUGGUUUAAAGUCGCCUUCAGCGCCCUCAGCGGGCUCUCCUUGUACUUUUGCAACGCUGCGCCGAUCGGUUCGACACUCCCGGAAGCCAAGGACACGGCAUAUUCGCAUCCUGCGCGGACGCUGGACACUGACCAGGGUCUGGGUCAGCCGAUUGACAUGGCAUGGGAGGCGUGGAUUGUGACUGACAAGAAGCUGUCUGAGGAUGGAUCGAACUUUGAAGCGUCGACGGCUCCACGACGGAUCACCAGUAAAAGUGUCUUCCUUCCUCCGUCGGUGAACAAAACUUGUGACGAUGGUUACCGCUUGGAAAGCAAUAUGACAUGUGUCCCGAUCACCAUCAGUUUCAACCCCCACAGCCACUUCGAAAACUUUAUUCUAUCACGUCUGAGGAAUCGUACAUUCGCAAAUUCCACCAGCGUCACUAAAUUAACGAUGUAUGGCCCUGUUCAGGUAGGCUUACCGCUUAGUAUAGAAGACAAGAGGCCACCCCCAUCGUCGAGUGAGAAGCCAGAACGCGACGAAGAUUCGGUCGAGAUUGCGGUCGUCCAUCCAAUCCAGGAGGACAAGAAGUCGGAGAUCGAUAUGGAGGCGGGGUUGACUGUCUACCUCCUUGGAAACGGGACGACAAAGAGCGCCAACUCUUCGGGGGCUUUUGAAGAUCAAGGGACAGGCGGUGAGCCAUCCAUUGCAGACUUCGUCGAGGAUGGGAGCCAGGAUUUUACCGAGAUGAUAAACUACCGGAUUCCCAUCGACCUUGGACACCUUCUGAACGGUUCAAAGCUCAGCGAAAACUCGGAGAGUUAUGAGUCGGGGAAAAACGUCACGACGAACGAGACCCAGACGUUUGUGCUGCUUCUCGCACCGGCUGUAGUGACGACCUUGACAUCCGAAGAACCAACGACGACGUUGUCCAAUGAUGAGAGUUUCCUCAGGAAUCACAAAAAUGGCACGGUCAACUCGACGGACAGCCACGGGGUACCGGUCAAAAUUGAUGGACCGGAUUCUCCCUCCGUGGGUACCGUAGAAGAGGAGGCAACAACACAGUCCGAGUUCACCACCGCAAAAGAGGAGGAGGAGGAGGUGGUGGAGGAGGAAAAAGAGGCAACUACAUCAGGCGACGACGCGACUGAGUCCUCGACGAUAUCUUUCGAGGAUGAAGAGAGCCUGAUCUGGACGACACUUGACCCCGAAGACCAGGAGGAACUGCUGACGCACAGUGAAGCCGGAAUGCUGGUCUCACCAGGCAACUUGAGACCAUUGAUAUCGGACCCUAUAAAGCAGGAGCCACCGAUGAACGAAGAGGAGGAAGUCAGCCAGAUAUCAAGCGAAUCGAGCAUCCGGGGCGACAUGAUCAUGGAAACGACGCUUCUGGGUCUCCACGCAACCCCGAAGAAGCCCGACGCGCUGUCCGAGCUCUUCGAGUCUAAUCCCGAGGUCGUCUUCUCACCACAGGACGAUCGUCGCCCUGACAGAGCGAGCACUAAGGAGUCAAAGGACGACUCUUCAACAGUCCCUCAAGGAUCGCUACUCGCCAAUGAUGCCGAGGUGAUUCCGACGCUGAGAAGGACCAUCUCGAGUGCGAAUCAAGGUCGGGUUAGGUUCCCCGAGGACCCAACGAACCCUUCGUCAAGCUACGUUCUCUUCCCGGGUGACAACAAUUCGAACAGUGUAAACGAAAACCUGGCCUACAAGAAGCGGCGGGAACGGAUCUCAUCACCCUUCGAGGACGCUACCACCGGAGUUACUUCGGAUCAACUCGACCAGAGAAACACCCAAUGGAUCGGCCUACCCGCCGGACAUGAAACCGGAAGUAGUCGACGCUCUCCCCCGCAGACCGGAAGUCCCGGUUCUCAACGACAGACACCAAUGCUGUUCAGGUUUUGGAAAAGGAUGCCAUUGAUCAGAGACCCCGCCAUGAUCCAUAGAUCGAGAGGUCCUUCUUCGGAUAUUUCACAAAUCAGGGGUCUCCCACCACCACCUUCCAGCAGCAGUAUUUACAGGGAUGUUUUGCCUCGAGCUUAUCCCGGCCAGCGUGUAUUCAACCGAAAUUUCCGAGGUACAGGAUCGCCCAGUACGGUACAACGGAUCGGUUAGAUACAAUCUACACUUGACUUGUUCGAAGCUAGUGAAAUUUUCAGAGCGGUGCCAAAUAUAUGUAUGCAUAUAUAUAUCAAUAUCACGAUAAUAUUAUAUAGGUAUAUAAAAAUUGAUUCGUUAUUGUAUGUAUGAGACGAUGAUUUUAGUUGUGUGUGUGCGUGUGUGUGUGUGUGUGAAGAAGUGAAUGGAUGUAUGUAGGAAAAAAAUGAGCCGCUAGAAAUUCUCAAGUGAGACUUUUUUCCACCAUUAUUAUACAUCUAUUAACAUUGAGCAGAGUUAGUAUGGUGUCUGUGGAAAAAUUUGAAGGGUAUUAAACUAUAUAUUGAGAAAAAUCUUUCUAAUACCUAAUAGUUCGUUUGCAUGUAGAGAUAGUAGUGAUUAGCUUGCCAAAAUUCUCUUAUCCUUCCCGCAUUGUAGAAGAAGAAACAAAAAAAAAAUAAAAAAUAAAAAAACAAAAACAAAAAAA